AUGAGGGAUCAGUCCCAUUUUGUUUCUCUCUAUCAGCUGGUACCAAAUGAAAUUCAUCAGUACAAGGGAAUUGUCCAGUUACUUCUGCAUUUCAGAUGGAAAUGGAUAUGCCUAAUGAUCUUCAAUGAUGAUGGUGGAGAGCUUUUUUUGAAGAACAUGCUUCCAAUACUUUUUCAAAAUGGCAUCUGUCCUGCCUUCAUUGCAAGGAUUUCUGUAUUAGUUUUUUUCGAUGACUAUGCAAAUGCACAAAUUAAAUGGCACAAAAUAUUACUAGAUAUUAUAAAGAGUAAGGCCAAUGUUAUUUUUGUCCAUGGAGAAACUAGGACCAUGUUAUCUUUGAUGAUUGUGCUGAAUUCAAGACAUAUUGAUGAUGAGAAAUUGUUUGGUAAAGUAUGGAUUAUGGCAGGGCAGUUGGAUUUUGCAGCACUGGUCUUACAUAAGGAUUUGAAUCUAGAAAUCUUCCAUGGUGCUUUAGCCUUUACACCUCACACUCAUGAAAUACCAGGAUUCCAUCCUUUCCUUCGAAGCCUAAAUCCCUAUCUGGCUAAGAGAGAUGGCUUCAUUCAGACAUUUUGGGAACAGGCAUUUGGUUGUUCCUUUCUAAACACUAAUAUUCAGGAGAACAUUGAUGACAGCUGUACUGGGGAAGAGAGUCUAGAACGCUUACCUGGCCCUUUCUUUGAAAUGAGCAUGACUGGCCACAGUUACAGUAUUUACAAUGCAGUCUAUGCCUUGGCAAAUUCUAUACAUAUCAUUGAUUCAAGCAUUUCAGCAUUCAAAAGAAGAUUUGCCAGAAGGGGAAUAGAAAAUGGGAUUCUGCAGCCAUGGCAGGAUUUAUUUCUUUGUAGUAUUGUCUUCAUUCUGUUCAAACAGGUAAUACCCCUUUCUCUCUGCAAUUGCAUCUGCCCUCCUGGUUGUCAUAAGAAAAAGAAGGAAGGGAAGCCAUUUUGCUGCUAUGAUUGUGUUCAAUGUCCAGAAGGAAAAGUUUCUCCUCAAGCAGACAUGGAUGCCUGCAACACUUGUCAAGAAGAUCACUAUCCUAACAAGGAACAAAAUCAAUGCAUCCCUAAGAUGUUUUCCUUCUUGUCUUAUGAGGAAACCUUGGGAAUGGGGUUAGCCAUUUCUGCAUAUUUCUUUUUUUUCAUCACAGUUUGGAUAUUAUGGAUUUUUAUAAAGUAUCGCAACACACCUAUUGUCAAAGCCAACAACAGAAGCCUCUCUUACAUCCUCCUUGUUUUCCUUCUCCUCUGCUUCCUGUCUUCAUCGCUCUUUAUUGGCCAACCUCAUAAAUUGACUUGUCUCUUCCGCCAAGUGGCGUUUGGAAUCAUCUUUUCAGUGGCUAUUUCAUGUGUGCUAUCAAAAAAUGUUACUGUGAUUGUGGCUUUCCUUGCCACCCAACCAGGAUCUGGAAUGAGAAAGUGGAUGGGGAAAAAACUAGCCAAUGCUAUAAUUCUCUUCUGUUCUUCUAUUCAAGCAGGUAUAUGCCUUAUCUGGUUGGCUACUACUCCCCCUUUUCCUGAUUUUGAUAUGCACUCAAUGGCUGAGGAAAUUGUUUUAGAGUGUAAUGAAGGGUCAACUGCCAUGUUCUAUUGUGUCCUAGGUUACAUGGGCUUCCUGGCUUUUGUAAGCUUCCUUGUGGCUUUCUUUACAAGGAAGUUACCUGACAGUUUCAAUGAAGCUAAGUUCAUCACCUUCAGCAUGUUGAUCUUUUGCAGUGUUUGGAUAUCCUUUAUUCCUACAUACUUGAGCACCAAGGGAAAAUACAUGGUGGUGGUGGAAAUUUUCUCUAUGUUGGCUUCCACUGCUGGACUUCUGGCUUGCAUCUUUUUCCCCAAAUGCUACAUUAUUUUGCUGAGGCCAGAACUAAACAAAAGAGAUGAAAUAAUAAAACGAAAAAGAUAA